AUGCAGUGAUUUUGAUAUGGGGAGAGAUGUGAUACUUGAAGAUAAGUUGGUAAUAAUUAAUUAUUACAUUAUAAAGAAAGCCAUAAUUAUUAUUUAAGCUUAUUUGUGACUUUUCCUCUUACAAUAACGAUCUCAAUCAUAAAACUAAUGGAAAAUGCUUAUUUGUGAGUUUCUACCCUGUUGUUGUUGUUGUGUUGUGCACUCCGUAUAUAUAAGAAAGCAGUUAUUAGUAUUACUAUAGAGUAGUUAAGUUACUCUAUUGUCUCUUUGUGACACCCAAAAAACCAUCACAAUACAAAAGAAACUGAAUUCAACUGCAACCUUCUUCGGUAAACAAACUUUUCAGUUAGCAUAAUCACAUUCAAUUUCAAUUUCAAUUUCAUCUCAAAAUGUUUGUGAAGAAACUCGUUGAGAAAGCUAAUUCCAUCAAAAAGCCUGGUGGAAAUUCACCAGAAGGGUUAAAAGCUAGUGAUGUGGAUCCACGAGUGGUAUUUCAUCAAGGGAUACCAUCAGGUGCUGCCAAGUUUGCCUAUGAUCCCAUUCAGAAGAUACUUGCUCUUUCUACAAAGGAUGGCCAGAUUAAACUAUACGGAAAAGACAAUGCUCAAGCUGUGCUUGAUUCUAGUGAGAAUCUACCUAGCAAGUUUUUACAGUUCAUCCAGAACCAAGGCAUUCUUUUAAAUGUCACUUCCAAUAAUCAUAUCGAGGUUUGGGACAUAGAGAAGAAACUGUUGUCUGAUGUGUAUGUUGCUAAAGCAGAAACCACUAGUUUUGCAGUCAUUCAACAUAGCCUCUAUAUGUAUAUUGGACAUUUUAAUGGUAAUAUAUCGGUUUUGAAGCUUGAACAAGAUCCAUUGCAUAUAGUUAAAACGAAAUACACCAUACCGUUUUCUGCUUCCUAUGGGAAUUCUGAAGUGCCUGAUGAUACUACUGUGAUGCAUAUACUGCCUCAACCAGCAGCUGAAAGUAAGAGGGUUCUUGUAAUCUUUCGAAAUGGCCAAAUAAUAUUAUGGGAUAUUCAAGAAAGCAGAACUAUUUUCAGAACUGGUGGAAACAUUUUGCAACCAUUGCAUAAUAAUGAAACAAAGAAAGUGAGUUCUGCGUGUUGGUCGUGUCCUUUUGGAAGUAAAAUAGUGGUUGGAUACAACAAUGGAGAAAUCUUCAUUUGGAGCAUCCCUUCUCUAAAUAUAGGAAAUGGUUCUUCUGCAUCUGAGUAUUAUAGUAGUCAAAGCACUCCUUUGCUCAAACUUAACUUAGGAUACAAGUCAGAAAAAAUUUCUAUAGCAUCAAUUAAAUGGCUUUAUGCUGGAGGAAAGGCUAGUCGAUUAUAUGUAAUGGGAGCUUCUGAUCAUGCCAGUUCAAACUUGUUACAGGUAGUGUUGUUGAAUGAGCAUACAGAAUCUCGUACGAUUAAGCUGGGACUUCUUUUGUCCGAAUGUUGUGUCGACAUGGAGAUUAUAUCAACUUCAACUGAGCAAGGCAAACAGCAUAAACAAGAUUCUUUCCUUUUGCUAGGGAAGUCAGGCCAUGUGUAUCUAUAUGAUGAUACUUUCAUUGAAAGGUAUCUGCUACAAAGCCAAUCUAAGUCUACACCUUCACUUCCUAAGGACGUGAUUGCGAAGUUACCACUAGCAGAUUCAAGCAUCACAACAUCAAAGUUCAUUUCCAACAAUUCCAAUGUGUUUUAUUCUGAAGAUGAGUACUACAGGCAGCUGGUGAAAAAUCAUCCACUUUUUGUUCCUGUUGAAACAAAUCAAAAAGAUGGAAUUAGUCCAAGUUCUGCAAAAUUUUCUGGAUUUUCAAAAGUUCAAAACUUGUAUAUAACUGGACACAGUAAUGGAGCUGUAAACUUCUGGGAUGCUUCAUGCCCUCUUUUCACCCCAAUUUUGCAAUUAAAACAACAGAGUGAAAAUGACUUUUCGCUAAGUGGUAUACCCUUGACAACAUUGUACUUUGAUAUCAACUCUCCUCUUCUUGUUACCGGUGACCAAAAUGGAACGGUUCGCAUUUUUAGAUUCAAACCUGAACCAUAUGCCACCAACAUCUUUAGUGGUUCAAAGAAAGGGAUUGAUCAUAUUAUCCAAAGUGUGAAAAUUGUAAAGAUUAACGGUUCCAUAACUACUGUGAACAUUGAUCAUAGCUCGACGCGUCUUGCAGUUGGUUCUGAUCAAGGACAUGUUUCGGUUUUCAACAUGGAUGGCCCAACUUUGUCAUAUCAGAAACAUAUUGCAAGUGAAAUUGCUUCUGGUAUCACAUCUCUGCAGUUCGUAACAUGCAGUUUGCAUGGUUUUGAUAAAAACAUUUUAGCCGUCGGAACAAAAGAUUCUUCUGUUCUAGCACUUGAUAACGAAACUGGUAACAUGAUGAGCACUGGAACCGUUCAACCUAAGAAACCCUCGAAAGCUCUGUUUGUGCAGGUGUUUGAUGGACAAGUUGAACAAUUAACGGGAUCGGUUACGAAAGAUGGAUUCGACUUGAGGGAAGGGAAUAAUAUUGAGAAUGCGACAACAAAGCAAUUGUACAUUCUGCUUUGUUCAGAGAAAGCUUUAUAUGUCUAUUCAUUAGUGCAUGCAAUUCAGGGAGUUAAAAAGGUGCUUCACAAGAAGAAGUUUCAUUCCUCUUCCUGUUGUUGGGCAUCAACAUUUUACAGUCCCUCUGGUGUUGGGCUUGUACUCCUUUUCACCGACGGAAAAGUAGAAUUAAGGUCUUUUCCAGAGUUAUCCCUGAUUGUGGAGACUUCAAUUAGAGGUUUCAAUUAUUCACCUUCAAAAUCAAAGUCAUUUUCUGAUUGGCAAAUAUGUUCUUCAUCCAAAGGAGAUAUUGUUUUGGUAAAUGGAGACCAAGAAAUUUUUGCUGUCUCAGUGUUGGUCCAAAGGAGUAUUUUCAGGAUUUUGGAUUCUGUUAGCUGCAUCUACACGAAAGAAAUGAUGCUGUCACAAGAAGAGCUUAUCCCUGCAACAGUCAUUCAUAAGGAAAAGAAAAAGGGUAUAUUCAGCUCUUUCUCUGUCGGUAAAGAAAAGCAUGCCCCCCUCAUGGAAACAGAAGAUUCUAGAGAAAGUAUCCGAGAACUCUCUGUGAUCUUUUCAAAAGAAAAUUUUCCUUGUGAUGCUGAUGAUAAUGAUAACCUGACUAUUGAUGAAGACGAGGUCGAGUUAAACAUAGAUGACAUUGACCUCGAUGAUCAUGUAGAAAAACGUAAAGAUCAUGGUAUAUUGGGACUUGGAGCUCUUAAUAAGAAGAAAUUGACCGGAAAGUUUAAUGCUCUAAAAGGAAGAUUGAAAGAAAUGAAGGGCAACAUCCAGAAAACAUCAGUUAAGGAAGAGCAACAAGAAGAGCAACCUGCUACAGUCGAUCAAAUUAAGAAGCGAUACGGGUUUUCUUCAUCUUCCAAUGAAACAAGUGUUGCUAAAAUGGCAGAAAGCAAGCUACAAGAGAACUUGAAAAAAUUACAGGGUAUUAACUUAAGAACUACAGAAAUGCAAGAUACAGCAAAAUCAUUUUCAUCGAUGGCAAACCAAGUACUGCGAACUGCUGAACAGCAACAAGACAAAAGAAGUUGAUAAAAACUUUAAUUCAUUUUGUUUUGUUUUGUUUUACACUUUUACUAUAGUUUAUUUUAUUUUCCAACAUGUGCAAUUUUUUGUUGUUUAUAUUAUGUAUUUAAAAGGUGGUUCUUUUGGUUUUAUAAAUUUAUUUGUUCAUGAAGCUUUUUUACAUGUAUAUGAAUAUAUCAACACUGAAAUGUUUCAUAUAGUUUUUGUUUCGGAUUGUUAUAUUAAGUGCCCGCAUGCCGUGUUAAGCAUUUGUCGAGUAA